AAAAUAAUUACAAAUAUCUGUUUAUUAAACGGUGUCGCUUUUCCGCCACGCCACCCACACCGCCAGCGUCACCGUCGUGAUCGUAACUGCCGAAAUCAAACAAAUGCGGAAUGUCUCCAUUUGCGGUAACUGCAAAAAGCUCUGCUUAUUUCUCUGCCCUUACUCAAGAGAUCGAUAAAAAGCUUCAUAAGGCAAUAGCUUCACCGAAUCAGAGACGCGAUUUAUUACAAGCGUUAUUCGCCGAUAUAGCUUUAGAAGUUGAUGAUCGUGCUAGAGCUAUAAUUCUGGGAAGAGAAGAUGCAGCUUCUGAUUCAUGGAUAGAUGCUAAAGCACCCAUAUGCUUUUAUGAUGUGCUUGCUGAUCAUUUUUCCUUGCAACCUGAGCUUGGGAAGCCAAUACUUGUUUUGAUUGUUCAACUCUGGAGCCAGCCAUUUGCCUCCCAUAUUUUUGCUCUUCUGUUCCAUAAAUGGUUAUUUGAAGUUGAACUUGAUAGUGCGGAUGUUCUUCUUCGUUACUCAUCUGCUCUUGUGCAAGGUGCUACAAAUAUCUUCUGGAUUGAUGUCCAGACAAACACGACACACUUCCAUAGUCUUUUCUCGUAUCUUCUUGUGGACGUUGCAUUGGUACCUGAGAGGCUGAAGAAAAUCCCUUUGCAGGCACAACGCGAUCUCUUUCAUCUUCUUUCAAGAUUCAUAUUCCUUUAUAAUCAAGUUGACAAGAUUGAAAGCUUCUUAAAGAACUUUCCAGUAUUCCCAAAUGCUUUUUUCAUUGGGGGUCCUGCAGACAUAUUUGUUAUUGAACUAGCUGAUCAGCUUCAAAAAUUGAAAGUGGAACCAGUGUUGUUACAUUAUCUAUCCCACAUUAAAGUUCUCCAAGGCCUGGAACUGAGAAUGACUACAAGCACCAGACUUAAAACAUGCUUGUACAGUUUCACUUCUCCUGGUGGUCCAAUGUAUCCAACAAGAGCUGUUCGUCAUGCGGCCUGGGAUGCUCUGGAUUUUCUUUUCCCGGUGGGGCGAUAUCCUCGACAUAUCAUUAGUCUCUUUUUUCGGCUGAUGUACCCAUGGUACUGGCCAUCAUCAUGUUGGAACUUUGUCUUGUCAUGUAUACAAGCAAUUCUGUAUUCAGUCUUAGGACUCAUCUUUCCUCGCCAUAAGUUAAGAGACCGGCAUCAGUCUUAGCCAUGGCUAGCUGAUCUACAGACCAUUGGUUAACCUGGUACCAUUAUAGUCUUGGUGGCUCUAGACAGCCGGCUAACUUGUACUUUUUCAGUGGAAUCGCACAAGACUUUUGGUUUUCUUGAACUUAUGCUGGGUUGUUGUAACUUAUAGUAAUUAUGAUAAGGCUUUAUGUGCAUUUAUUUGUAUGCAAUGCGCAUGUUUAAGUUUUGUGUAGGAACUAUUGAGCAACUGAAGGUUACUCAACCGUGACUUCAAACUAAAAAGCAACUUGGUGUUGUAUUUCGUUUUGUACUUUUCAGCAGUGCAGUUACAAAUUUUCAUUUUAUGCCAUCAAAUUGUCUAUAACAUUAAUUUAAAAGUGAUACAUGUAGUCAAUAUCUUUAUUUUAUCA